GCCGCCCGCUGCUCCCGCUCCGUCUUCCACAACAUCAAGGUGUUUGUGCUCUGCCAUGGCCUGCUGCAACUCUGCCAGCUCCUGUACAGCGCCUACUUCAAGAGCAGCCUCACCACUAUCGAGAAGCGCUUCGGCCUCUCCAGUUCUUCCUCGGGGCUCAUCUCCAGCUUGAAUGAGAUCAGCAAUGCCAUCCUCAUCAUCUUUGUCAGCUACUUCGGCAGCCGGGUCCACCGCCCACGGCUGAUUGGCCUUGGGGGCCUCCUCCUGGCUGCAGGCGCCUUCUUCCUCACCCUGCCACACUUCCUCUCGGAGCCUUACCAGUACUCCCUGGCCGCCACUGGGAACAGCAGCAACCUCCAGGCAGAGCUCUGCCACAAGUCCAGGCAGGACCUGGCCCCCAGCAAAUGCCACAGCACCAACCAGGAUGCCCGGAAGGAGACCAGCAGCAUGUGGGGCCUGAUGGUGGUGGCCCAGCUGCUGGCCGGCAUCGGGACAGUGCCCAUUCAGCCCUUUGGGAUCUCCUAUGUGGACGACUUCGCAGAGCCCAACAACUCCCCGCUGUAUAUCUCCAUCCUGUUUGCCAUCGCUGUGUUUGGACCAGCUUUCGGGUACCUGCUGAGCUCGGUCAUACUGCAGAUCUUCGUGGACUACGGCAGGGUAGACACGGCCACAGUUAACUUGAGCCCCGGCGACCCCCGAUGGAUUGGAGCCUGGUGGCUGGGCCUGCUCAUUUCCUCGGCCUGCCUGGUUGUCAUCUCUUGCCCCUUUUUCUUCUUCCCUCGAUCGAUGUCCCAAGGACUGGAGGAGUCUGAUUCCAUUUCCAUGGAGGACGAGAGAAGAAAGAUAAGAGAAGUCGAGUCAAGAAAGACGCUGGUGGCUUUCAUUAAAUGCUUCCCCCGCAUCUUCCUAAAGCUCCUGAUGAACCCGCUCUUCAUGCUGGUGGUCCUGGCCCAGUGUACCUUCUCCUCCGUCAUCGCCGGCCUCUCCACGUUCCUCAACAAGUACCUGGAGAAGCAGUAUGGCACCUCUGCAGCUUAUGCCAACUUCCUCAUCGGCGCACUGAACCUUCCCUCGGCUGCACUGGGGAUGCUGUUUGGAGGAAUCCUCAUGAAGCGUUUUGCUUUCUCUUUGCAAACCAUUCCCCGGGUGGCCAGCACCAUCCUCACCAUCGCCCUUAUCUUCUCCAUCCCUCUCUUCUUCAUGGGCUGCUGCUCCAGCCCAACCGUGGCCGAGAUCUACUCGCCCAGCACAUCAAGUACUAUACAUCCACAGGCUCUCGCCUGCCGCAGGGACUGCUCGUGCCCAGAUUCCUUCUUCCACCCUGUCUGUGGCGACAACGGGAUCGAGUACCUCUCCCCGUGCCAUGCCGGCUGCACCCAGAUCAACAGCAGUUACAUUGCCUCCAAACAAAUGGUCUAUUUGAAGUGCCACUGUGUGGCUGACGGAGCCGGCUCAGCAAAUUCGGGGUCCUGCCCCAUCUCCUGUGCCCACUACCUGCUCCCCACCAUCUUCCUCUUCUCCUUUAUGGCCCUGAUAGCCUGCAUCGCCCACAACCCCCUCUACAUGAUGGUUCUGCGUGUGGUGAACCAGGAAGAAAAGUCGUUUGCCAUCGGGGUGCAGUUCCUGCUGAUGCGCCUGCUGGCCUGGCUGCCAUCUCCAGCCCUGUACGGCCUGACCAUUGACUCUUCCUGCAUCAAGUGGAGCUCACAGUGCUCGGGGAGGCGAGGGGCCUGCACCUACUAUGACAACAAUGCGUUCCGAAACAGGUAUCUGGGCCUGCAGGUGAGCUACAAGGUACUGGGAAUCCUGCUGCUCUGCUUCACCAGCUGGAGGGUGAAGAAGAACAAGGAGUACAAUGUGCAGGAGAAGGCUGCGGCGGGCCUCAUCUGACCAUCUGACCGGCCCGGAGUACACCCCUCCCUCCUGCCCACAUUUACUCAUAUUAACAACUCGUUGCCUUUUUGUUUUGUUUUUAAUGAGAAAGACAACCCCAGCCAUCAUCUGCUUCCCGGCCACCUCCUCCUCCCAAAGUCCGUAGCUCCUGAGGGUGGCCAUGACCGCCCCCCAACUGAGGGAGUGAUGACCCCCACAUGCCCAGGUUCUCCCCCAACUUGGAUGCCCAUUGAAGUCGCUCCUGCUCCUUGCCAGCCCCGAAGAGGGUAGAGGAAAGAGGCUAGCUCUCCUUCUUGCCCUCUGGCUACCUGACUGCUAUGGAGAGCAGGCUGAGAUGGGGUGGGAGUGGGUUGAGUUAUUAAUGGCCCGGAGCCAGGUCAGGGGAAGGGGCCCAGGGGCCUCUCUGAAGCGGGGAUUGCUGGGAGCCAGGGGAAGCUAGCUCCUGUCCCCCUCAGGCCUUGGCUUCUUGCCCCUAGGCGCCAUUUUGGCAGCUGCCAUGGUGGGAAGUCCCGGCAGCUGCUUCCCCCUCAGUUCCCAUGCUCAGACCCCAGCACGGUGGCUCCGAACCGCCAAGCACGGGCUGUCCACGUGCUGUUCACUUUAGCCCAAGCCAGUGCGACACGUGCCGUGCCUGUGUGUCCCUUGUACACCCGUCACGGUCACACCAUGAUGUACACCUGGGGAAGGACCGUGGGGUGGUAGUGAUAUGCAGACCCUCACCAGCACAGUCAGCAGAAGACGCUCCCCGAAUUUCCCCGAAGCAGAGGGAGACUGCGUGUGGCCUUGCCGGUUCAGACUUCAGCUUGUGUGCCAAGAAGGUGUUAAGAGAGGCAGUAAGAUGUCAGCAAAGCCAGUGGCCAAGCCAAGUAAAUGCAAACUGCCAAGCUGGAGGCAGGCAGGGUUAACAUUCCUGGUUUCAAAUAUGCUUGUAUUCGUCAACCUUUCCCCAGACGUCUCGCUUCCUCCAGCGAGGGGGGUGCCCUCUGUGGGCCUGGCAUGGGUUGAGAGAUACCACCACUGUAUGGUAGAGACUCAGAGUUAGAAGUCAGCCAACAAGGCCUUUCAUCAACAAAUGCUCUAUUUACUGGAGACCAACUUGAUACUAGGGUAGUGACUGGACAUCUCCUCAGUGCAUGGUUCCCACACAUCUCACCCCACCUCCCUUCGCUAGCCUACACCUUCCUCGCACCUAGACCACUGCUUGGUGUGGGCAGUGCUGGGGAAGAGGGGCAGCAAGAACCCAGAGAUUGUCCAGGAGGGUCUGACCCGUCCGGGGCUCCGCCAGCCUGACCUGGUGCCUGGCCCUUCACUGGACAGCGGCCAGGUGCACCAUGUCCCCUGGAGCAGCUAGUCAUCAGUCCAUGGAGCCCACUAGGACCUUGAGUGCCUCUCCUUGUGGACGAGUCCCCCAGAAGCACACUGUCCUUACGCCACACCUCCAAGAAAGCCUCCGAUAUGCUAUAUGCCACAGCCAGACUGCCAUGAGACUGAGGUCUUCAUGGAAGCCGCUGUUACAGACAGCCUUACUCCCAAAGCCACGAGCCUUAUUCCCAAAGACUGCACUCAGGAAGGGAGGCUCUAUGCAACCUCAGGGCCAGCUUCAACAUUUACAGCGGUUCUACUUAGAACACGAUUCCCUGCAACUAACCCCGGCUCUUCUUGCGGUGAUUUAACCAAUUUCUAGAGACUCUGCCUUCAUCUGAGGUCGUCAACAGUGAAUGCCAACCCUCAGACACUAGAUUGGUUGCCCUCGCAAACCUCUGCCCUAUUGUGACUGUUGCUAUUAAUAUAUUAUAAUUUUGCUACUGA